AUGGAUAUUGUAUUUGUUUUGGAUGGUAGUUCAUCUAUUGAUGCAGGAAAUUGGAUUAACAUGCAAAACUUUGCAUCCAAUUUAACUGUUGGAUUUGGUUCAAACAUUUCACCAACUGCCACCAAGAUUGGUAUCAUUCAAUUCUCUACAACAACUGUAACUCACUUGGAUUUGAAAGAUGGUACUUCCAAGACAGCUGUUCUUAAUGCCAUUUCAUCAGCUGGUCAACUCAAAUCCAGUACCAACUCAAUUUUAGGUAUUAACAAUGCUGUUUCAAUGGUUUUAAGUCAAGGUAGAAAGGAUAUCACUAGAAAACUCUUAAUUCACAUUACAGAUGGUAUGUCCAAUUUACCUUGUGGUAUGGGAGCUUGUCGUGCCAUGUAUGGUAGUGAUAAGUCAUUAUAUGGAUCUGUUCCUAAUUAUUGUAAAUCACCUCGUUUCCCAGGUACUGAUGCAACAAUAUGCUCAUGGAAUGAGCCACUCAGUAGAUGUAAUCCUUGUUCUGAUGCUACUCUUAGAUCAACUGAUUUGAAUUCUUGGACAGUUGGAGGUGCUUCAAAUCCAGAAAAAUCAACUUAUGGAUCUAUUUGGAAUUGGAGACAAUUAGUUGUAGGUAUUGGUGAUGGUUUGAGUUCAGGGUAUGGACAACUUCAAAUUCAAAAGAUGAAUUACGAUCCAAACAAUUUAAUUGUUGUCGAUUGGUCUGAUUUGAGCUCUGUUUAUCAAACUGUUAUUGAUAAUAGUUGUAAUCUUGUCGAUUCCACUCAAACCAACGUUCUUGUUCCACUUUCAAGUUCUGGAUAUUCUAUUCAAUAUCUUGGAAAGACAUUGUCCAAAUCAAGUUACCUUAAUUAUGAAGCAACCAUUUCAACAUUCACUUAUCGUGUUAGUGUCUCUUCAUCAGCACCUGCUUUACAAAGAUUUACCUUAGGAUUACAACCUGGUUACAAUCAAGAUAACUUUGUAAAUUAUGAUCCAUACUUCCCAGUUUUCAUUGGUCAAGACACUACCACUAAUUUGAAUGGUUUCACUUUCUUAUCACUUCCAAAUUCAUAUACAAUUGCAGCUGGUUCAUCAGAUACCUAUACAUUGAGUAUUGCUGGUGAUAUUCCUGAAGGUGUUAUUACUUAUGGUAUGUCGGGUGGUUCACAAUACACACAAGGAACUGUUAAGGGACCAAGUGGAGUGAUCAACUCAACCACAGUUGCUCUUCCACCAAAUAUUAAUUACGGUGAUGAUUCAAGUUAUAGAACUACCUAUUGUUCCUCAACCAAAUGUUAUUUCUUUACCAAGAUGAAUUAUGCCUAUCGUAUUGAAGCAAUGAAAUCAUCAUCUGCUAAUCUUUCUGCUGUACAAAUUAAUAGCAUGUCAUUUGAUCAAAUUGCUAGUGGAUGGGAUUCAAAUCCAAACAAGUCUCAAUUCUCUCGUAAUGUAGCUAAUGGUAUUAUGGAAGUACAUGAACAUGCUAGAAAUCAAAGUGAAAAAUUAUCAAAUUCUAAUUUACUUGUUAUGGAUUUUGGAGCAGGAACUGGUACUUUAACUUUAAUGUUUUUGAAUCAUUAUCUUUCACAAAUUGAAAGAAUUGAUGCUGUUGAUGUUAGUUCUGGAAUGUUAUCACAAUUACAAGAUAAAAUUACCAAAUUAACAAAUGAUAACAUGUUAACAUGUGGUGAAAAGAUUGUUAUUAAUAAUAUUGACUUGGAAUUGGCUGAACAAUCUUUACAUCCUAUUAGUUUAAAUAAGGGUAAAUAUAAUGUUAUCAUGUCUGGUAUGGUUUUCCACCACUUGGAAAAUAUUCCAGAAAAGAUUAAAUUAAUUUCAUCUUAUUUGGCUCCUGGAGGUAUGUUUAUUUUGGAUUAG